AGGAGAUUAUAAGGAGAUUAUUUCAGAUAUUUGAAACGUGCUGGUGUGCAGCAUCAGUGUGAAAGUACCUCACAUUGCAGACAGAUUGGUGUCUUGCAGAUAACUUCCUCUUCAGUGACGAGGUCAUUGCCAAUGGCUUUCACUCCUGCGACAGCGACGAAGACGACAGAGCCUCACAUGCAAGUUCUAGUGACUGGACCCCAAGACCACGUAUAGGUCCCUACACUUUUGUUCAGCAGCACCUGAUGUUGGGUACAGACCCACGGACAAUUCUGAAGGACCUGCUGCCAGAAACCAUUCCCCCACCUGAGCUGGAUGACAUGACUCUGUGGCAGAUAGUCAUAAACAUCCUUUCAGAGCCACCAAAAAGGAAAAAAAGGAAAGAUAUUAACACUAUUGACGAUGCUGUGAAACUUCUACAAGAGUGCAAAAAAAUAAUGGUGUUGACUGGAGCUGGGGUGUCUGUGUCUUGUGGAAUACCUGACUUUCGAUCCAGAGAUGGCAUCUAUGCACGCCUUGCUGUAGACUUCCCAGACCUUCCAGAUCCUCAAGCAAUGUUCGAUAUUGAAUACUUCCGGAAGGAUCCCAGGCCGUUCUUCAAGUUUGCAAAGGAAAUCUAUCCAGGACAAUUCCAGCCGUCUCUCUGUCACAAGUUCAUAGCUUUGAUGGAUAAAGAAGGCAAACUGCUUCGCAACUAUACUCAGAACAUAGACACACUGGAACAGGUUGCAGGAAUCCAAAGGAUAAUACAGUGCCACGGUUCCUUUGCAACAGCUUCCUGCCUGAUCUGUAAAUACAGAGUUGAUUGUGAAGUUGUGCGAGGCGAUAUUUUCAAUCAGGUCGUGCCCCGCUGUCCCCGGUGCCGCCCCGAGGAGCCGCUCGCCAUCAUGAAGCCUGACAUCGUGUUCUUCGGGGAGAACUUACCGGAGCAGUUCCACCGUGCCAUGAAGUACGACAAAAACGAAGUCGAUCUGCUUAUUGUCAUUGGGUCUUCACUGAAAGUCAGACCAGUAGCAUUGAUUCCAAGUUCCAUCCCCCAUGAAGUGCCUCAGAUCUUAAUUAAUAGGGAACCUUUGCCUCAUCUACACUUUGAUGUGGAGCUUCUUGGAGACUGUGAUGUUAUCAUUAAUGAGCUAUGUCAAAGGUUAGGUAGCGAAUACACAAAACUUUGCUACAACUCAGUAAAACUUUCAGAAAUAACAGAAAAGCCUCCACGACCACACAAGGAACUUGAAGUGCUCUCAGCUGAGCUGCCACCCACCCCUCUGAACAUUUCAGAAGGGUCCAGUACACCAGAAAGAAUGACUCCACCAGAUACUUCAGUGGUGUCUUCAGAACAUCCACCUGAAUAUAAGGGAGAAAACUGUGAGCCUGCCUCAGAAACUAAAGGGGCCUGCACAGAGGAGAAGCUGCAGGACACACAGACGUCAUCAGAAAACCCAGAAAAUCCUGCUGGUGAGCUAAUGAACUCUGAAACAACGAAGGAGAAUGGAUCUGACAACGGAGAAGCUAAAGAAAAGAAUGAAAUACUCAAGAAGUGCUGGGUAAACAGAUCUGCAAAAGAACAGAUUAGCAAAAGGCUGGAUGGUACUCAGUAUCUGUUUUUACCACCCAAUCGCUAUAUUUUCCAUGGUGCUGAGGUUUACUCGGAUUCUGAAGACGAUAUCAUAUCUUCCAGCUCCUGUGGGAGUAGUAGUGAGAGUGGUUCGUGUCGUAGUCAAAGCUUAGAUGUGGAGGACGAGAGUGAGAUCGAAGAGUUUUACAAUGGCAUAGAGGAUGAGGAUGCUCCCGAGAGGGAAGAGGAGCCUGGAUUUGGGGAAGAUGGAGCAGAACAAGAUGAAUUGGCAGCUGAUGAAUCAGCUUACACAAGUGAAGCUGCAGGGACUGAACAUUCAAGCAACACAUUGUAAAGUGAUUGCUGACUGGUUACAGGAACUUUCCACCAGCAUUAGGAGCUUUGGCAUGUCAUAAUGAAUGUUUACGUCGGAAUUUAGAGCAACAAAACCAUAAGGAUGUAGUGUUUAUAAAUAACUAAAACAGAUUUUCAUGCUUAGUUUUUUACCUUUUUCAAUAAAAUUCUAUUACUGUGCA